GUCGUCUUCAACCUCUGAAUUUGAGAAUCUUAUAAAGCCAUCAUCUCUAAGCAUUUUUCAUAGUCUUAAUUAAUGGCGUACUCAAACGCCUACGCGCCGUCAGCACCGGAGCUACCAGAAUCGUUCGAUCAACAGCAGCAGCACCAUUACCCGUAUCAACCAACUCAACAUUUCAGUUCCUCCUCCUCCGGGAUGUUUUCGUCGGAAACGCAUCCGGAGAUCGUGAGGAGCUUUGAAUCGGCGGAUAGAUACCGGAGCGGAUUCCUUGAGGAGUCGGAGCUCCGGCAAGCGUUGUUGUGUUCUGGUUACGAAGGGAUUAGUAACAGAACGAUUAGGUUUCUGAUGUUUAUCUACAAGAUUCCUGGAGAUUCUCUUCUUCGUCUUGGUCCUAAGGAGUAUGUUGAGUUGUGGAAUUGCCUUGCGCAAUGGCGUGCAAUAUUUGACAGUUAUGAUCGAGAUAGGAGCGGGAAGAUGAAUUCUACUGAGCUAAGAGAUGCUUUCUAUCAUCUCGGGUACAUGCUUCCAACCUCGGUUCACCAGCUAAUCGUAUCUCAGUUUGAUAAUGGGACUGGCAAAACUGUUGAGCUCAGUUUCGACAGUUUCCUUGAGUGUGGGAUGAUUGUGAAGGGAUUGACUGAGAAGUUCAAAGAGAAUGACCCUGGUUACACAGGCUACGCAACAAUCCCUUACGAUGUCUUCAUGUUGAUGAUCGUUCCGUUUAUCGCGUCAUAUGAUUAAUGUUCACUUGCUGCUUCUUUCUUUUUCUUAGUCACAGUUUCAAAUUGCACAUAGAUGAUGGAUGUCUAAGUACUGAAUAGGGGAGUGAAAUCAGACUAGUGAAUAGAGAGUAAGGGUAAGUUAUUGUCAGAGAGAGAGAGAGAGAGAGAUUAAUAAUCAAAGUUGUAAGAUUCUAAAAACAUUUUUUUAACAGUAACAAAAGUGAUGACUUUGCACCAUAGAAAAAUCAGAAAUAUUUAAA